GCACUAUAGAUCGAGGCCGGUCUGGAAUUGUGCUCUCGCGCUGCUUCCUACCUUGUGCUGUUGACUCCAGCGUUGUUGCUUGAUUGAUGAUCGUGACCUGUGUUCCAUCUGAACAAUCUGCAGCUGUUGGCGUCUGCUGCGGCGCUUCGCGUGCUGUGGACAGCGGAGCGAACCGUGAGGGCGCUGAGGAGUUUUGUAGUGGGAAGCGCAGGGAGUGUGAAUCAUUGUGAGUCGAUGUGCUCACGCGCGAGAGCAGCAGGGGCGAUCCUCGUGAAAUCUGCACGUAGUGAGUGAGUGAGUGAGUGAGAGACUCGAAGAGACUUUUUCAAGAUCUGCGUAGAACUUUGUUAUCGAUUUAAAGUUGACCCAGUAGAGACUUUUGAGUAGCGGAGAUAUCGUCGAUUAGAUUAGGCACUAGCACGAACCAAGCGAGUGGACUAGCCAUUCGGUUCUAGAUGUUCGCGUUGCAACAGCUGUAGAAUCAUCCAUUGUGUUGGCUUACAUUACUUUCAAGCAAUUGUGCGAAUUCGGCGAGUCGUCGCAAUGUAUGGGAAGAAGAUGAACAAGAUGAGGUCUAUCGUGCGCCAUUGGAAGAAAUUCACCAGCGCGCAUCAGCGGCGCUACACCUCUCUGGCCAGAGACAGAGAAAUGUACGCCGACAGAACAGAUGAUUGCUUCAAGUGGGACGGGGGCCGGCGCAGUGAUACUUCGGAUUCCUACAAUGGCAGUCCGAGGAGCGUCAGACAUCUGGCCCGAUCGACAAUUUCCGAGGACGUACCCGAGGGAUGCCUGGCCCUGUACGUAGGAAGGGAGAGGAGAAAGUUCAUCAUCGGUGCGCACUACUUGGAGCACAACCUCUUUCAUGGGUUGCUGGAGCGCUCGGCUGCCGAAUUUGAAUCCGAUCAGAAUGGUGGCAUCCUCAUCGCCUGUGAGAUCGUGCUCUUCGAGCACCUGCUCUGGUUGAUCGGCACCGACGAUCCUUCCUCGCGACACCUCCAAGUCGACGAGCUUCUGGACUUCUAUGCCUACUGAGCGUUGUUCUCGUCCAAGGCUGUCAUCCAAGCAGCGGGAGGAAGAAGAUCUCAACAAGAAUUUUGAUGUCUUUCGGCGAUGCCGACGUCGCCGAAGGCACCACACAUUCUCUUUCAUCCGACAACCUCUUGACGAAUCAAACCGAAACCGCGUCAUCAUCCACCUCCAGCGUGAUUUGGAGUAAUGCUUUUCGAGUUAACGAUGAAUGUCACUUACAUCAACAGUUAUGCAUUCUGCGGAAAUGAGGAGGAAGGAAGAGGGCGAGGGACGGUCUGAGUUUGACGAGCACCAUGAAACGAGAAGAGAAGAGUACCAAGCCUCUCGCUAUGACGGACGCGCAUCGGUACGGGAAUACUUUUGUGACUGACGAGUCCAAACGCUCAGUCAAUCACCGAUCCAUUUAUUCAUUCAUUCAUUCUUGCCGCUCGGUAUAAUGUACAUACACAUGUAAAUUUUGGGUUGUGCCUUCGUCUCGAGGCACGGAGUGGAGCUACUACGGCGAUGCUGUGUUUGAGUGUUCGCAGCAGCAGGAGACGUCAUGCAUUUUUGGCUGGCCAGUUGAUGCUGCAUGGAGUUUAUUUAACAUAACUUUACAAUCCUUGGCCGGCAACUUUGACAGCAUCGUACCUUCAGAGGCACAUUUGAAGCCCAUCACAGCUGUCAACCAGCCAUGAUUUCAUCACUUUCAGUCCCGAGCAGAGCGAGAUUCAUCUUGAGCAUAUCCGGAAGCGUGUAGUGUAGACUCCGAGGGAUAAGGCGCAUUACAGAAUGUAUGCUGCCUGCUGAACUACUACCACUACUUGUGUAGAUUGACCUUCUUCAGCUUGAGGAAGAAGGCAGACCGAGCUUGCCGUAAAGUUCCUUGGGAUUACUCAAGCAUUACAUUACAGUUUAGAACAGCCGCUAGGAAGUAACGAGGGAGAGGGAGAGACAGAAGAGAGAGUAGACUCUGCGUCCUCCCCAUUUUGAUAAAUUCUAGAGGAUAGUCGGUCCGGUACCUGAGAUUCAUCGCAAGAUCCACGGACUGGACCCUCCCAUAGACACAUCCCUGACUUUUUUUACUAAUUAUGAACCGAUCCCUGCUGUUGAUCAUCGUUGUUGGGUGGCCAACUUCGUUCAUCAACUCCAAGAGGAUUCUUUUUAACAUCACAAGAUUGGUCCCGUUCGCAAGUUCUGCUCAAGAUCCACCAGCUGGCUGCACGGAGGGGUGCGCAUAGUUCUACUGCUGCGUCUGUAUGUCUUCUGUUUUCAGGAGCUGUGAUUGAUCUGCCGUAGAAGCACGGGUCGCAGGAAGUUGCAGAGGAUGAGAGGUGGCCCUGCGAAAUGCGCUGCUUCCAGACAUGUGAUCAACCGAUCAGAUCUGAUCUUUUAUGAAGAUCAGCUCGCGGAUCUGCGUUGGCCGUCGAGAGGAGAAUGUGGUCGCCCGCCUUUGCUCACAUAACUUCAGAAGGAAUCUGUUAUUCAAAAUCUGCAGAUUUUAAGCUUUGUCAAUUGUGGGGUUGUGGACGCUAGGAGUCUGCAUAGGAGUAGUCUAGACCACGAACCUCACGUUUCUUAAGAUUGAAACAUUUUGUGGUGGAUAACCUUUCCACCUUAUAAUUCGACAAAGAUUUCAGCUACUCUCGUUU